CGUUCUCUCUCUCUCGUUGAAAAAGUUAAAUCUUUUUCUGUUUUUCUUUUGUUGGGUUCAUUUCUCUUUAGCCAUUUCCUUUUUGCAUGUAGUGCCCUUCGGUAGCCUUAACUCGCCACUUCCACUCACCUCAAUUCCAUGGCGAAUAACCCCAACGAGUCCCCCGCCGAUGAUUUCUUCGACCAAAUCCUCGGACUUCCUAACUUCGCGCAUACUGACACUGGCUUAGUGGGACCCGACGGUAGAUUGUCUGGAAACGCCUCGACGGCUGGAGCGCCAAUGCUUCUGCAGCUCAGCUCUGGUGGUACCACCGGGCACAUCGGCGCAACCGGCUGCGGGGGAGGCGGUGCGUUUCAUGGACAGGUUUUUCCUUUGGGGUUGAGCUUGGAGCAAGGAAAAGGUGGAUUUUUGAAGCCCGAGGAAGCUUCCGAUAGUGGUAAGCGCUUCCGCGACGAGGUGGUUGAUGGCAGAGCUUCAUCAGUAAAAAAUGUUUUCCAUGGCCAACACACACUAGGUACUGUUGCUGCUGCGCCACAUCCACCAGCAAUGUGCCCAAGGGUGCGGGCUAGACGAGGACAGGCCACAGAUCCGCACAGCAUUGCUGAACGGUUACGCAGGGAAAGAAUUGCCGAAAGAACCCGAGCACUGCAGGAACUUGUUCCUAGUGUACACGAGACUGAUAGAGCUGCCAUGCUUGAUGAAAUUGUAGAUAUAAAGUUCCUGAGGCUCCAAGUUAAGGUCUUGAGCAUGAGUAGGUUGGGCGCAGCUGGUGCAGUGGCACCGCUCGUAACGGACAUCCCACUAUCACUAGUUGAGGAUGAAAGUGGUGAGGGUGGAAGAAGCCAACCGGUGUGGGAGAAAUGGUCAAACGAUGGCACAGAGCGACAAGUAGCUAAGCUGAUGGAAGAAAAUGUCGGAGCCGCCAUGCAAUUCCUUCAAUCAAAGGCCCUUUGCAUCAUGCCAACCUCGCUGGCCACCGCAAUUUACCACACACAGCCUCUGGAUACCUCCUCCGUUGUUAAGCUUGAAACAAACCCUCCGUAGACUCCCCAUCCGAUAAACAAAGCAAGACCAGAUAAAAGUUGGAUCAAUGAUGGAAGCACCUUUUGUUUUGUGGUGGGCGGUGGGCUCUGAUUUUUGUUAGUGGGUUGUGGGACCUGCAAAAGGAUUGUGUAUAUUGUUAGUGUUACUGUGAAAGGGAAUGCA